UGCCCAGACGGUUCUGAUGAGAAGAACUGUUUUGACUGCCAGCCGGGUAACUUCCACUGUGACACCAACCUGUGUAUCUUCGAGACGUGGCACUGUGAUGGCCAGGAGGACUGUCUGGAUGGUAGUGACGAGAGAGACUGUUUGGGAGCUGUACCCAGGAAGGUGAUCACUGCUGCCCUGAUUGGUUCUCUGGUCUGUGGCCUCCUCCUUGUCAUCGCUCUGGGCUGUGCCUUCAAACUCUACUCCCUCCGGACAAGAGAGUACAGAGCAUUUGAGACCCAGAUGACCCGUCUGGAGGCGGAGUUUGUUCAGAGAGAGGCUCCGCCCUCCUAUGGUCAGCUGAUCGCCCAGGGCCUCAUCCCUCCGGUGGAGGACUUCCCUGUGUACAACCCCACUCAGGCCUCCAUGCUCCAGAACAUCCGUACAGCGAUGCGGAGGCAGAUCAGAAGACACUCCUCCCGCCGGGCCACGUCACACCGCCGCCUGGGGCGCCUUUGGAACCGUCUUUUCCACGGAGGGACCCGUCUCCGCGGCCAGAUCCCACUCCUCACACCCCCCGGGUCUCAGGUGGCUCUGGGCCUGCACUCCUACCACACCUCGGAGGGACCUGGAGCCAGGGCUGGGGAUGGAGGUGGCGGGGCGGGCAUGGUGGGAGGCAUGGCGGGCAUGGGACCAGCAAGGACCCCCUCCCGCUGCUCUGCAGCAGCAGUAGGCUUCGCCCUGCAUGCCCACACCCAGGCCCUGUCACAGUCCCAGUCCUCCCACCCCUCCUUGGAGUCUCCCCACUCCCCACCCUCCCCUCUGACACAGAGUGACUCAUUAACGUCUGCCCCCAGCAUACUGAGCCAGCAGUGCCCCCUAGAGGGCAGCACAUGUCAUUACACUCGCCGGGCCUCCAGGAAGCUGGUCUUGGGGCUGGCUGCCAACCUGAGAGGGGUGGCUCUACGACGCUACUCCCCCAUGGGGCUCACCUCCCCCAUUACUCCCCCUGUCCUUCCCCCUCCAGACUCCCAGCUGCCCUGCCACCACCCCCUGACCUCCCCCCAGACGUCAUCCCCCUCGGGGUCUUCAGACGACAGUCAGAGGUUCCAUGCCCUGGAAGUGCCAACCCGGGAGAGGAGGAGGAGGAGGGGUAUAGGGGUGCCUAAUGGACUGAACACCAGCAGCAGUGAGGAAGAGGAGGAGGAGGAGGAUAGAGAUGAGACUCUACUGAUCUGCUAG